UUGGUGACGUCACCCUCAGACCCGGCGUGCCUCUAUCAGCAGAGCGCGCUGCGCGUUUAGGCAACAAAAGACUCGUUUUUAAACGGUUUGCCACGUUUCGUCCACGACGGUGUUUUUCGGGACGUCAUUACAGGCGGGUAGCUGGUCGCCAUGACGACGCCGCUGCUGUCCGUUGGAGGAAGAGGAAGAAGGUGAUGGCAACAUUGAUGACGACUUCCGGUUAGCUGCAGGAUCCGGGACGAAGAGAGGCGAAGAUGCCGCGGAGGAAACAAUCCAACCCCCAGCCGGUGAAAUCGGAGUUGGAGGACGAGGCGGUGCUGUGCGACCCGGCCUGUUUGGUUCUGGAGAGCGACUUCCUGCUGAGCGGCGAGCUGGAGUUUGAAGAAGCUGACAUCAUGGGGCUGGAAAGAGAGACGGGUAUGACGGUGUUCUCCCUUGACGACGACGACCCCUCAGCACCAACAGACUCCACCUUCCCGGCGUUCCUCUCCUGUAAAGGAUGUGGCCGACUCCUGGGAGACACGGCUCUGGGAGCCGGUCUCGAUCUGGGUGUGGGCCUGGACCUGGGGGCGGAGCUCUACUGUCUCACCUGUGAGGAAGGCCUCCAGCAUGAAGACUCGCCUCAGGCGGAGGAGGGUUCAAUGGAGGCCGACGGGCCGGGCGAGGAGGAGAAGACGGACGACGCCCCUCCCAAAGUGUUCUCCUGCUCGCUGUGCGCCUUCACCUCGCGCUACUCCAACCACCUGAAGCGCCACAUGAGGACCCACGACGGCCACAAGCCGUACCGCUGCCCCGCCUGCCCCUACGCCUCGGCACAGCUCGUCAACCUGCAGCGCCACGCACGCACGCACACCGGGGAGAAGCCGUACCGCUGCCACCAGUGCAGCUACGCCUGCAGCUCCCUCGGCAACCUGCGGAGGCACCAGCGCAUGCACACGCAGGAGAGGCCGCAGAGGAGGGAGAAGGAGAAGCGGCGAGGGAGGAGGAAAAAAGGAAACGCUGCAAGCGAAGAAGUCGUAUCAGACCUGACCCUGAGGGUGUCCCAGGACUCUGGGUUCUUCCAGACGUUGGGGGGCCUCGGCUCCCCCUCCGCCCCGCUCCCAGUGCUCCUCUUCCCCCUCUGCUGCCGGAUGUGCGGCCUGGAGGAGGACGACCUGGAGGGGGACAAGGAGGAGGGGGACGGAGACGCGGGACAGGUGUGUCGUCGCUGCUCUCUGGACCUGCUGUCCAAAGACGGGUCCGGGUCUCCGUGCAGCCCGCCUCGGGGGUCCCGACGGGGCCAGCGCGGCACCAAGCUGUACCGCUGCCCCCGCUGCCCCUUCCUGUCCCGCUACCCCAACCACCUGGCCCGCCACGCCCACACCCACUCCGAGGAGAAGCCCCACCGCUGCCCGCACUGCCCCUACACCUCCUCGCACCUCGACAACCUCAAGCGCCACCUGCGCGUGCACACGGGCGAGAAGCCCUUCCAGUGCCCGGCGUGCAGCUACGCCUGCGGGAACCUCGCCAACCUGCGGCGGCACGAGCGCAUCCACUCGGGCGCCAAGCCCUUCCACUGCGGCGUGUGCGGCUACUCCUGCAACCAGAGCAUGAACCUGAAGAGGCACAUGCUGCGGCACACGGGCGAGAAGCCGUACGCCUGCGCCGAGUGCGACUACACCACCGGCCACUGGGACAACUACAAGCGGCACCAGAGGAAGCACGGCCACGACACGGACAGCUGGGACAAGCACGCGCCCAUCAACGGCCUCAGCUGGAGCAGAGACACCCAGGGGGGCCAGAGCCAGGACCACGAUUAGUGUGUGUGUGUGUGUGUGUGUGUGUGUGUGUGUGUGUGUGUGUGUGUGUGUGUGUGUGUGUGUGCGCGUGUGUGUGUGUGUGAGGGGGGGUAGGUAUACACUGGUGAACCUCCAGCUCAGGUUGGAGUCAAACUCAGGUGCCUUUCACGGACUGAAACGCUGCAAUGACUUUAUAAUAUACGGGGGGGCAUUAAUGUGUGUGUGUGUGUGUGUGUGUGUGUGUGUGUGUGUGUGUGUGUGUGUGUGUGUGUGUGUGUGUGU